GGUCUCUCAAACACCGAAAUGCCAGACAGUUAUUAGCCAUGACAGCGGCGGAGCAGCCUCUAAAGAAGCGAAAAUUGUACGAGCUGCCACCAGAACCGCCUCAAACUGUCGCCGAGGCAGAAAGCUGUGUGGUUCCUCCACAAACACCGCCACCGCUUUCUCAAGAUGAAAUUCAAGCAAGGCGAAGAAACAAAGACGAGAUUCGAAGCGUGUACGAUUGUUAUAAAAGACUUAAGGCUUGCAUUGCUCAACAGGAUGCUCGUCACUUGCCUGAGCUUGAACAAGCUUAUCUCUCUCUCAUCAGCGCUUCUCGAGGCUGUGCAAGUGUGCAACGUAUUGUAGCUGAUCUUGUUCCUCGAUAUGCAUCAUACUGUUCAACUGCUCUGGAAGCUGCAGCUAAAGUUGUCAUAAACAUGCAUAAUUGUAGUUUGGCAGUGAUAAGUAGAGGAGAUGAUUCUGAUGGUGUUGCAUUUCAGACUGCUAAAGCAUGCAUUUUUGGUCUUGUUGAUAUUUGUUCUACUGCUUCUUCAGAAGCACCAACAUCAUCUGUCAUCCGAGGCAUCUGCUCUGCAGUGUUUCAUAAUGUACUGGUCUUCUUCUUAUCCUUCUUCGAUGGAAAAGAUAUUUUUCAUAAUGUUGAUAAAGAGAUCUUGAAGAUGCAAAAUUCCAAUGUGAUCUUUCUGGAACUAAAGAAAAAGUACUCUGAAGAGGAUGAGUCUUCAUUGAUUAAGUUGUCCAAGUUUCGUGCACUAAGUCUACUUCAGAUUUUCUUUUCUAGUCCUAAGAAUUUACUUGCUGCAUGUUUUGAGCUCUUCAAUCCUGCUGCAUCAGAGGGAGUUCAUAGAGGAAAAUAUUUUUUAACUCAAAUAACAAGCAGGCUUGAUGGUGAUGCUGUGGCCUACCCUUUAGAUAUAAGAGGCGAUGAACCUAAAUCUGCUGAAAAAAACCCUGAAGGCAUGGAGGCUUGUAAUGAUCAGCUAGUAUCUGGUGGAAACAAAACUUCAAUCGACACCUCUCCUGUUCCAGAGAGUUGCUUGUUGGGACUGGUGCUUGGCAAAAGUCCAUCUUUGAGAAGUUGGAUGUUUUCAAGGUAUAAGAAGUUAUGUAGCUCAUCCUCUUCAAUUGCUGUAUCAGAUAUUACAUCUUCUUUGAAAGCAAUCUUUGAAGCAUUUCCUGAAGUGGCUAAAGUGGAAGCUACUGAAGCUGAUAGUGAUGAGGGUGAUUCUGAUGCAUCAAAGUGUGUUAAUCGGAAAUAUUUUGUGCCUAGGAUCUCUAAUCAACAUGAAACCUCCAGGGAACUAUCAGGAAAAGAUGGUAAUUCAAGAGUGCACGAUGGAUCCUGUGAUGAUAGUUUGACUGACAAGUUUUCUGGACAAUAUCCGAAACCUCGCAUUUCAGUUAGCCCCCUUGAAACUGAUCUCCACUCGAAUGCAGGUUCUAGUCAUGAUAGUGGUGGCACAAAGUCAAUGGACUUUGAGACUAGUGACCAUGCAGAAUACUCAUGUGGCAGGCCUUCCAUUCCCAGAGACUUAUCCAACCACCAAAUGCUUUCACCUGUUGCUAAAACACCAUUAGACUUCCGGAGUAAUUCAUUUGAGAGAAGAAAUAAUUUUCCUGCCUUGGGAUCCUCGGAUGGAGGCACUAGUGAUGCUUUGGUAUCUCCUAAUGGCCAGUCAACAGUGCCAUAUGCUUCCACAACAUCUCAAAUUGUUUGGUAUUUUGAUGGGGAUCCUGCUGCCAUGGAUAUUUUUUCUGCUUCUAAGCAAUUAUGGUUGGGUUCUUUUGGACCUGAUGUAUCUGAAGGUCAUAUAAGGUUUCAUCUUGAGAGGUUUGGUCCAUUAGACCAUUUCUUUUUCUUCCCAAUCAAAGGAUUUGCUUUGGUUGAAUACCGAAACAUAAUUGACGCCAUAAGAACUCGAGAUUAUAUUCGUGGCAGUUUUCCUUGGCACAUAAAGUUCAUGGAUAUAGGAUUGGGAACUAGGGGUGCCAUAAAUGGUGCUGUGGUUGGUUCUAGUUCUCAUGUUUAUGUAGGAAAUGUUACAAGCCAGUGGGCAAGGGAUGAAAUUCUGCAUGAAUCAAGUAAGGUUGUGUACAAGGGUCCUUACUUUGUCACUGAUCUUAGUUGUGAAGGUGCAUUAUUAAUGGAAUUUGAAACUCCUGAAGAAGCUGCCACUGCAAUGGCUCAUCUUAGACAGCUUCGUAAGGGCAGAAGUAACUAUAUGCCACCUUUAAAUGCAGGGCCUGUUAAUCUUGCAAUAUCCCAUAUGGAUGUUGCAAGGUCUGCACCUUCUGCCCCUGUUCCUGUCCAUGCUGACAUGAGAAGCAGUCAUAUGGGCAACAUGUCUACCAGUGCUUUUGGAUCACCUUACAGUGCCCCUUUUCGCGGUCCAAGUCAAGCAGCAAAACACCAUGCUUCACCAUACACUGUUAGACCUGAGGGCAGCUCAAUGGAGCUUGUAUCCCCCAGAGUAAUAUCUGAGAAUCAUGGAACUGGAGUACAAGGUGGACACUCAUUUCAGCCAAAUUGGCCUGUUUCUACUCAUGCAGAGAUUCCUGAAGUUGGGGUUAGAAAAAAUGAUGGUCUUGACAAUAACAUAAUGCUUAAUCCUUCACAAGGAGGUAAUAUGCCAUGUUUUCCUAUCGCAACACAGGGACCUAUUCCACCACCACAACAAAUCCAGCCAUCACCGUUUUUGCGACCUGCUUACCCUCCUCCAAACAGUUCCUGGGAUGCAAGAGGUUCAAAUCAUCACUUCCCUUUAAAUCCGAUAUCGCCCAGUCUUGUGCCCAAUACCUUUCAUGGAAAUGUAGUUGCACCUCCUUUCAUACCCCCUUCAGUGACUCCACUUGUGCAGAUACAGGGAGCAUCAAUGCAGAGUUAUGAUCAGAUGUUUUCUCAUCCUGUUGUACCACCACCUCAGCCUGAAGAUCCUCCACUGUUGCCUCCAUCUCCACCACCUUUGCCUCAGUCUCAGCCCCCUUUGGUUCCACCUCCACCUAGUUCUCCCCCUCCCCCUGCACCUCUACCUGCUGCAGAAUCAACUGAAAAGGAAAUUUCUGGACAAUUAGUCCAGUUCCAGUGGCAGGGAACACUAUGCAAGAGUGGUGUUCACUACUGCACAAUCUAUGCUCAACGAGAGGAUUCAGAUAUUUGCAAAUAUUUGAAUGACAUUGCUGAACCUGCUGAAUGGCCUGCUAGAUUAGAUAUGACCAAAAGAACAGAUUUUCGGCAUGUGAAGUCAACAUUUACUAGUACCCCACCACAUAAAAGGGAGGUAUGUCGGCUGAUACCAUCUUCUUCCGGUGACCACAAAGGCUUUCAGGAUUUUAUAUCAUACCUGAAGCAGAGAGAAUGUGCCGGAGUAAUCAAGAUUCCUGCUCUAAAACCCAUUUGGGCAAGGCUUCUCUUUAUUCUUCCUUAUUCGCAGGAACUGUGCUCCAUGCUUUCAGUUGCACCUGAUCCAUCUGACUGUCUCUAUGCUUUGGUUUUGCCCAAAGAAACAAAUUUUGAAUGGGUAUGAACUUCAUUGAAUGUGAUUGAACAAAUUCUUCUACUCCAGAUUUCCUCUAAUCAGCUCUCUUUAAUAACCGAUUCAUCAUUAAUCAUGUCGAACCGGUAUAAGAAACAAGACUUUAACAAUAACACCAGUAACAAGAAGUAUGUUCCCAGGAACAAACAAAAUUUUUUCCCAGAAAACCUUAACGCCACUACUCUAUCAAAAUCCCUUAGACAAAAUUCCGAUGUGGCGAUAUCUAGUAGGGCCACGUCAUCCGGAGGCAGAGCAUCGAGCCGUGACGCAGGAGCUUCAGCCCAUACUCAUUCUGGUAAUUUUGUAAAUUACUUGCCUCAGGACGAAGCUGUCGCUGCUGGGCUUAGCGCUGAUGAGGGAGGAUUGGAUCCGGUCGAAUCGCAGAGGGUUGUUGAUCUGUUGAACAGGGAGUUGUCUAGGUUGCUAAAACUAAAGCCUAGAGAUUUCUGGAGAGAAGUGGCUAGUGACUCGUCAUUGCAUGAGUUUUUGGAUACUUUCUUAAAGUUCAGAAGCAGAUGGUAUGACUUUCCCUAUCGUGGAAUCAAGGGAAUAGUUGCAGGGGUCAUUGUAGGAGAGCUCGAAUUAAGCCGCCGUGUUUUUAUGCUAUUUUAUCGAAUAUCUUCUAGUAAGGAUCCUGGUGCCCGUGCUGCUGAUAGCCUUAGUUCUAAAGACCAUGCAGUCCUUUUGGAGGAAAAGAAGUUGCUUGACUUGCCUAAGCUGUUGGAUAUUUGUGCUAUAUAUGGUCAUGAAAAUGAAGAUUUGACCAGAUUGCUUGUCAGUAAUGCACUGAAAGUACAGCCUGGGAUUCAUAAUGAUUUUGUUGGAGUAUUGACUCAUUUCUUGGGUGUUGUCCACACAAUGCAUCAACGAUGCAGCUCGUCUUUAGAGGCUCUAUUUUCCUCUGGGCGCCAUGAAGACAAAGAUCUAGGUCGGCUUCAUGCUGAUCUUUUAGAGGUGAUGGACUUUAUAAAUGAUGCAAUUGUUUCCAUGGAUGCUUUAGUUACUGCAUACAAACCGGCAGCUCUGAUCUUCUUGAGCCCUGUCGAGAUGAGUUUUGGAAAUGAGGAAUUGCUCAGCACCCUCACCCAGCUGCAUGAUUCAUUGCUACCAUCUUUUCAGCAUGGGUUUCAAAUUUUGUUAAAUGCUGGAGAAGAUGAAAUGAUAUCCAACAUUGCUAUUAGUUUGAAGAUGUUAUCAAUGAGAAUAGUCAAAUUUGGUUGGAAAUUAUUAGAUGUUUGCUAUCUAAGCAGUGAAGUGUUCGAAGAUGGUCUUUCCAUUUCAGGUGUCACAAAAAUGUUUCCUGCUAAAGUGGAGGAUCCCUUCAUUCGGGCAGAUAUUGUAGUUCAAACUUUAAGGGAGAUCAAUGGAGUUUCACUGCAAGUUCAGGACCAAAACAGGGAAACAUUUCUUACAGAAGUUGAAAGGAAGUACAAUUUACUUAGAAGACUUGAGAAUCUACAGAAUACUGGAUGGAUAUUCAUGGAGGAUGAACAAUUCCAAUAUUUAUGUGGGAUCAUGUGUUCUUCAAAAGGUCUUGCUAAGAAGCAGGCCCCUGCUGCUUCUGUGAUGAGCAGCAAGAUGCAUAUGGAUGAAGAUACUGUGAUCAUGGAGUCUAAAAUCAGUCAAGUCAAGGACCUAUUUCCUGGUUAUGGUAAAGGGUUUAUUGCUGCAUGUCUUGAAGUUUACAACCACAAUCCAGAAGAGGUUAUUCAAAGGAUCCUUGAGAAUACUCUCCAUGAUGAUCUACAAUUGUUAGAUACUUCUUUAGAGAUGAUGCCAGUUCCCAAGUCUACCUCGACCAUAAGCAGGAAUGAUAAAGGGAAGGGAAAAUUAAUUGAACCUACGAUGCCAAACUCUGCUACUUCUGUGGCUGUUGUUAGUGAGCAACAAACUGAGAGGUCCUCGGUUUCAUCAUCAUCUACAGUUGGGAGGUACAUUAGGAAGUCUAAAGCUGACUUGCCUGAUAAUGUUACCCUUGAUACCAGAGAUGAAAAUGAUAAUGCACGAACUAGUGCUUUGGUUUCCCAGUAUAUGUAUGAAGAUGAGUAUGACGAUUCUUUUGAUGACCUGGGACAGAGUGUUGUGGAGUCAGGAUUUGAGGAAAAUGAGAUACUGGGAGACAGGAUCAGUUCCGGUUUGGGUAACUCUUUGAGUACACAGACUGGUAACUCUACUCAGGAAGUUCCUAGUUCAAAAUGUGGAUCCAAGAAAAAGCCCCAAUAUUAUGUUAAAGAUGGUAAGAAUUACAGUUACAAGGUUGCAGGCUCUGUUGCGGUUGCAAAUGCUAAUGAAGCAUCAUUAGUCACUCAAGCUCAGGAAGAAUUAAUACAUGGACUUGGACGUGGUGGCAAUCUUCCUCUAGGUGCUGUUAAGAAGCUAAUGGAGCAUGAGCAGGAUAAGCAGUCUGAUAUUUCCGAGGUGGAAGGUAGAGAGAAUAUGAGAAAUUCUUGGGGCCGGGGUAGAAGGGGAGGAAGAUUGAGAGAUGCCAUUGAGGAGCAAGAUAACAAAUCUAAUGGUACCGAUAUGAGAGGGAGAGGGAAUAUGGGAAAUCAUAGGGGCGGAGGAAGGAGGGGAGGGGGAAGAAGUCAUUACAGAAAAGACCGGGCCAUGAAUAAACACUUUACUGGUUUGAGCGGUCAUUAGACACCAUUUAAAUAUAAAGAAAAUAGAGACGCUAUUCUUUUUUUCAUGUAUUCAAAACAAUAGAGAAGUUUUGUCGAUGGUAACAAAAACUUCUCUAUUGUUUCGUUUUAAGUCAUCCAGUCUUGGUUGACCUGGCGUUUAUACAAUUUUUGAGCGGCAUACAUGUAACUUAUUGCAUUUCAUAUAAUAGAUUUUACAUGUUUUCUGUAUA